CGUUCGGGUGUUUUGGUUGGUGUUCGUUCGGUUCGGGCUGACCGACCCGAGUCGAACCGAUCCGAACCGAGUCGAGGCCGGCAAUAGUGUAACCCUCCGGUUAAAUACCCAACAGGCGACAAAAAUAUUUUUUUUCCAAUUUCAAAUCUCGUACGCGACGGACGUCGAAAUUGGGAGCGCGGAGAAAGUGCCGAGAAAUUGUUCGAAACAUUCUUCUGUGUUUUUAUCUCGGAUUGUGUCGGAAUCAAUUGACCGAAAACCAAAUUACAAUUGCAAUAAUCCCUCCCCCCCAAAAAAAAAAAACUAAUUAAGUUCAGAAGAAGGAAAAUCUUGGCUAAGAGUACUGCCAAAAACGCGUUCGUAACCCCUUCGUGUUGUGUUGCCAGCAAAUAGCGGGUUUUUAGUCCAAAACCACAAUCAAAAGUAAAUUGGAAAAAGUAACGGAAUUCCCAUUUGUGUCUCGGAACGAAAGCCGUCGCUGGUCGCUGUCGCCAAGACAAAAAAAAAUAAGAAACUGAAAGAAAUAAAUAGCCAAUUUCGUGGGUGAAGUGUGAAAAUUAUAGCGAGAUAAAGCCAAAAUAAAAUAUUUAAUAAAAAAAAUAGAGAAAAAAAUCAAGAAUAAUGAGUGCCAAUCGACGGAGAAGUAGCAGUUUCGGCUGCCUAAACGCAAAAAACGACGAAAAUCAAAAAAGAAAAUCAACAACCAAAGUGGCCAAAACCAAGUUGAUGGAACGGGAGGCACUUUCUCUCCCACUGGCAUCGCACUUGUCCACUGGUACAACUGGUACUGGUAUCGGUGAGGAGGAUCCCCCCGCAUUGGAGAUGCCACGCAUAUGCCGCUGUUGUUGCAAGCGUGAUCUGGAACUAUUUGGUCUUUUUGAAGCCAGUAAACCAACACUAUUAUCCACUUGUCCAGUCGUAUCCGAAUCCACAUAUACUACCACGCCCACUACAGCAACAGCAACAGCAACAACAACUGGAAAAGCUACAACUGCAACAGACACAUCUGCAUCGGAAGCUACAACAUCAUCUGCAGCAGGAGAUACAACAUUUGUGUCCAAUCCGAAUCCCAAUUCCAGUACUAGUGGUAGUGCCAGUACCAGUGGCAGUGGUAGUCCCACUCCCAUGAGUCGCCGCACCACACAUUCAACAACAACAACAACAACAGAAACAGAAACAACAAUGACCCGUGGGCGCAGUAGCGAUAACCCCAUAGACUAUGCCCUCAGUGGGGCCCACAGCAGCAUGGACAUUGUCCUCGAGGAGAUGAUCAUUUGGAUGCUGAACAUAAAUCGCGAUGAUGGACUGCCCCAAGAGAUCUGCCGACAGUGCAUGGCUCAGUUUCUGAUGGUGGCCAAGUUCCGGCGGAAAUGCGUACGGAUGCAGCAGCGCCUGCAGGACUUUGCCCAGGAAAUCUCUGACCGUCAGGCGGCCAGGCAGGCCAAGCGCGACCAAAAACAGAGGCAGUUGGAAAAAGAACGGGAACGGGAACGGGAACGAGAGAAGCAAAGGCUUCAGCGACAAAGGGCGGAAGAAGCUGAAACGGGAAAGGAAACGGAAACGGAAUCGGAACCGGCAACGGAACUCGAGCAAAAGGUGGCCCCAGAGACAGAGGCAGAGCCAGUGACCACUCUGCCAGUAACAGAGCGAAAGCGCCGCAUGGUCUCCGAGUCGGAGAGUGCCGCCAGGAAGCCGGGAGCCAAGUACGAAAUCGACAACGAAAGCGAAGAUCUGCCGCCGCCCAAGACCCGGCGGCUCCAGCUGCGCCUGCGUAAGCUCCGCAGCAUCUCCACUGGCUCUGACGUGGACCUCCGACCCACUAGUGCCAUCGACGCCAGCAGUAUGCCCUGGAAGACGAAGGCCGCCCGCAAGGAGAUAUCCGAGCUGUGGUCCGCCAGUCCCUGCACCACCGAACACUCCUCGCCGCCGCCCAAUACGGGUGGUUCCGAUUCCGAGGCACCCAGCACCAACAGUACCAGCAGCAGCUGCGAUCUCAGCGACAUGUCGGUGGGUCCUUGCUGUGGCUUCGCCUCCGACCACCAUCCCACCUCCCCCUCCAUUUCAUCCUCCGCCUCGGGGGACACAAUGUCCACCAGUUUCCUGGAGUUCCCACGCACCGUACCCGAGGAGUUGAUGCCGCGCCGAGGCAGGCGUCCAAGAAACGCUCCCAUCUACACGCCGGCCAAGAGGGCCCGGCGAUCCUUCGCCAAGAAGUCGAUGGAGGUUGGCCCAGUUGGCCCAGCCGAAGAGAACACAAAGUCUGAUGGAGUACAGGAAGGCCUGGCAACGGAGAAGUCUCAUCUGGAAGAUGAGAUGCCAGAGAUGCCAGCGAUGAUAUUGCAGGAGGAGAAAGCAGAAUCAAAGGACAACUCCAACGAGGAGAGGUCCAACCCGAACUCCAACCCACUGCCAAAAACAGGAGAAAAGAUAGAAGAUGAUAGCACCAGCGAUACUCCCAAUCCCGUGGUACAAAAUGGCAACGAAACAGUUAACACAAUCCCUGAAACGAGACUGUCGAAUUUAUCAGAGAGUAGUACUGAAAUUAUUCCAAAGACGAGCCCAGAAGAGGGCACACCAGAAUCAGCGUCCCGGGACGAGCCACUGCAAUCGGAGGAGCUGACAUCCUCCACAGAAUCCGGUGAGAAGGAGCCAAAGUCCCCGGAGCAGGCGGGUAUCAUUGUGAGCAUUCCGUUGAACGCCUUGAACGAGGACCUGCACCGCAGACUCUGCACCGAGCCGGAGGCGGGAGCGGAGUCGGAAGAGACCCGGGAGACGGCCACCACCCCCAAGUCCGAUGAUGUCAACAACAAUGCGAACGGUGAAAAUUUUUGCCAGAGUGCUACAGCAGAUAGCUUCAAUUCUGCUGUGGCACUCCGAACUGACGAUAUUGAAGCAACCCCUGACUGUGAACCGGAAGCUGGAGCGAAUUUCCGGACGGAUGGAAUUGAAAGUGUAGCAGAGACCCCGCCAGACAAAGGAGAAGAGGAGGAGGAAGUGCAGGUGGUGCGAUCGGGCCACACGCCCAUGGACUUUAUGGCCGAGUUCGCCAAGCACUGUGAGAACGGAGUGGAGCAGCUGAAGGCCACCACUCCGGCACCGUCGCCGACACCCUCCGCCGACACCCUGGCCCUGCCCCUCAACGAUCUCGAAAGCAAGCAGCAGCUGGAGGUGGAGAUGAACGACGUGGAGAACACGCUGAACGGCAUUCUCAACGAGAUGCAGGACCAGCACAUGUACACCCCGACCUGCUCCCACAUCGAUGAGUUCCUGACGCCCGCCGACUAUGCCCCGCUGACCGAACAGGAGCCGUCCGUCUCGCCACCCAAUCCGGAUCCCUUUGACCAGAGCAUGGUGGUUACAACGCCCCCAGCGAAAGCCCCACAAAACGUGACCAAUCCCUUCGAUAAUAGCAACUUCAGCAAUGAACUGAUCGGCUUCCAGAACGAUAUACCUUGUUUUGAGAACAUCGCGUCGUCGCCGGAAUCCGAUCAGAGCUUGCACCUGGAGUUGACGCAGUUCCUCAAGGAGCUGCAGCCGUCGAAGGAGGACUGCAAGGCGGAGCCGCAAGAUCCUCAAGAGAGCCAGACGGAGACUGCCGCCGAUAACCAGACUGAACCAGCCCAGCCGGCUAUACCGGCUAUACCGGAUCAGAUCCAAGUCGAAGCACGCGAAGACACCCAGAUCGAGUCCCAGUCCCAGAUGUUCGUGCAGACGCAAGUGUUUGAACAGAACUCGUCGGAGAAUCAGUUCCAAAUCCAGUCCGAGGUGGCGGCUGAUGUCCAGGCCGAGAGUCCGCCACAAAUUCAAUCGCAACCGAUUCAGAUCCUGCCUCACAUUCAGCCACAAGUGCAUCAGCAUCAGCAACUGCAGCUGCAGAAGCAGACGCAGGACACCACCACGACGGUCACCUACGAGCAGAUCUAUGAGCAGCACAUUGUCCAGCAAACGGUGAAGCAAUCAUCGAACAAAGUACAGCUUAUAACGCUGCCGGAGGCGAGGCAGUGGCAGCAGGCACAGAAACCGCAACCGCAUCAGCAGCAGCAACAGCAACAGCAACAGCACCAGCAGCAGCACCAGCAGCAGCAGCAACAGCUGCAGUGGUCGUCGGUGGGCGGGCUGGAGGCUGUGCGGCCAUGUGCCCCCAUAGAGAGUGUAGUGGCAGCGCCCACAACCACCACCUACUAUAUAAGCACCAGCGAUCUGUAUCCGCAGCAGCAGACCGAAACAUAUGCGAUGCUGCAGCCCGCAUCUCUGGACUCCAAUGAUAACUAUAUGCUGGAGCAGCAGCAUCACCACCACCAGCACAUCCAGCGCAUUCAACACCAGCGCCAGCACCCACAAUCCCACCAACAGGUCCAGCAGCAGCAGCGCCAGCAACGCCAGCCCAUUAUGAUACUGAUACAGCCGCCGGAUAUCCAGCGCCCGGUGGCAUCAGCCAGUAAUCCGCAACAGGCCCCAUUGCACAUUUAUGGUGCUCCAGCGAUUCGCAAUGAAGUGCAACAUCUGCAACACAUUCAGCGUCAACGCAUGCAGCAGCAGCAGCAGCAGCAACAUCACCAGCAGCAGCAGCAGCAGCAGCAGCAACAGUUGCAGCAACAGCGACAGCAGCAGCAGCAGCAACUGCAACUGCCACAUAAGCAGCUCCAACAGACACGACUGAUACGAAGCCAUCCGGUGGUGGGGAUGCCGGGAGCCGCUUCCAUCUCAACCAAAGUGACGCCGAUGCCGGCCACAACGCCGGGCGGUCGGGCGCUGACCCUGAAGUGCCGAUUCUGUCAGAACGGGCCGAGGUUCUCCAACAGCCUGGAGUACAGUCGGCACAUCAUCGACUUGCAUCCGGCUGUGGCGCCCUUCAACUGCCCGCACUGUCCGCUGGCGUUCGCCGGGCGGAAUAAGCGGUCACAGCACAUACUCGACCACCAUGUGGUGCAGCAGUAUCAGUGCGGUCAGUGUUCGCAGGUGUUCCCCGCCCAACGGGCCCUCGAUGUUCACAUUCAGCGGUUCCACAUCGCAUCGAAGACCAGCCCGGCCGAGGGCGGUGCUGGAAAUGGCAAUGGUAAUGAGGGUGUCCGGGUGGAGGAGGUGCAGCUUCAGAUAGCGACCGAACAACAGCAGCAGCACGCACAGCAGUUGCAGCAACAACAGCUCCAGCAGCAGCAGCGCGAAGAGCGAAUGCAACUUUUGCAGCAACAGCAAUUGCAGCAGCAACAACUGCAACAGCAACAACAGCAACUGCAGCAGCAACUCGAGCAGCAGCUAGAGCAACAGGAGCAGCAACAACAGCAACAGCAGCAGCAGCAGCAGCCGAUGGUGCAGCAACCACAGUCACCGCAUCCUUCAACUAUGGAUUUGGCGGCGAGCACGACCACGCCCCGGAAGAUUCUCUGCUGUCCGGACUGCGAGGAUUGCACUUCUGGCCACAGUCACUUCGAGGAGCUGUCGAAUCUGCAAGCUCCACCCACUGUGCCCACACCGCCAUCGACCAUCGUGUCGGCCGCGUCGCCGCAACCCAUGAUGAGCAUGCCGCACAUAACAAUGCCGUCGCCAGAGCAGUCGGAGCCCGAUUCCACCACCACGUUGCGUCAGUAUCGCAAGCGAGGCGUUAUUGUGGGACCACAUGGGCCGCUACACUUAGCCACGCCGGUGGCAUCACCAUCCGCCUCGCCCUCGUCGUCGCCCUCGUCCUCCACCGUGGACGUGGCACCCCCCGCCUCACCGGCACCGCCCCAGUCGCCGGCCACGCCCAGCCCAUUGCCGGCUAACGAGCUGCGAGCGACCCAACAGUGUCAGUACUGCGAGGAGCGUUUCACCAACGAACUGUCUCUGAAGAAGCACCACCAGCUGGCCCAUGGCUCCACCACCACGAUGCCGUUCGUGUGUGGCAUCUGCAAGCGGGGCUACCGAAUGCGUACUGCCCUCCACAGGCACAUGGAGUCGCACGACGUCGAGGGCAGGCCGUACGAGUGCAAUCUGUGCAAGGUGCGCUUCCCACGUCCCUCGCAGCUGACGCUGCACAAGAUUACCGUCCACCUGUUGACCAAGCCGCACACCUGCGACGAGUGCGGCAAGCAAUUUGGUACGGAGAGCGCCCUGAAGACGCACGUUAAGUUUCACGGUGAGCUCGGUUACCAGUGCGACGAAUGCGAUAAAUCGUUUGAAUAUCUAAGAGAAUUGCGAAAACACCGACGCACCCACACUAAGCUGUUUUACAAAUGCGAUAUAUGCCCCCGCGAUUUCAUGCACUUUCAGAGUUUUCGCGCUCACAUGAACACCCAUUUGCCGUUGGGGGUGUAUCUCAACGAUGAUGCUACAGCCUCAAAGUCCAACAACAAUAGAGGAAACAAGCUGACCACCACAAUUAACGAUCAUCUGGAGAAUCCAUCCACACCGAUAGAUGAGAUCAACACACCGUUGACGCCAAUGAGCAGUGGUGGUGGUGCUGUUUACCACACCAGCACCUCGGAUGAAUAUCCCAACUCAGUCGAGAGCAGUGCUCUGGAGUCGAUAGCCCCGACGCCAUAACCCAUGGGGCAGUCUUUUUAUUUAGUUUACAAUACCUUAGUUCUUAGACAUUAUCCACAGCAACCAACUACUACUACUACCCGCCUAGUAACAAUGGCGCCUUCCUAUACUUUUGCUACUUUGGAUGGCAAUUUCUUCCAUUUAUCCAAUUGAAGUAAAUCCAAAAAAAAAAAAACAAAAAGAACCAGCAGACUGCAUUGAAUGCAAUCCAAUAUUGCACUUAAAAAUUUAGUAAAUAAGGCCACGAGUACACUCCCUCAAAAAAACUCAAAAAAAAAAAAAAGAAAACACAAACAAAAACACAAAAUUUAAGACUAGAGCGUAAGCUAGUUAGAAUUUAAACUUUCAUGCAAUGAAGAAAUACCAACCAAUCGAAAAAAACAAAAAUCAAAUAAAAUGUUUUAGCUUUAGGCCAAAUAAAUAUAUAUAUUUUUCAUUUCCGUUUCCCAGUAAGAUUCUUCUAAUUCUUCGGAAAACCAAUAAAUUAGAACAGAACAUGAACAGAAUAGUUUUUCUUUAGUUAGUAAGACCCACUAAACUUAAAAUGAGGUCGUUCUCCCCAAAAACAGCCCCAAAAACAGCACUUAAACUCUUAGUUCUUAGAGUAUCGUAUUACAGACUUUUGAAUUACAUACAAAACUGAGACUUCAAUGCCAGCUCAAAAGAUUUUAGUUCAAAUCUAUAUAUAUAUAUUUUAUAACGUUUCAUUGGGUUAAUCAGAAUAAACCGUGUUAUUAAUUUCUUUUUAUUUAUAAAUAAUGUAAUAAACAAUUUAUGCGAUCAAACGAUAA